AGACGCCUGGGGGCAAAGAGUGACGUGGAUGUCGCAAGCCGGUCGUUAAAAAGGGGGCUCUUCUGCACGGCUGUAGACUCAGAGUGCAGCUGUUGCGGGGCCGAAGAAGUGCGUGUAGUUUUUUUUUUAUUAUUUCCUCCUCCUAGACAGCCUCUUUUGAAAAGCGGGAAGGGGGGGGGGCGGGGGAAAUGCAACCUUUACAGCAUAACUGCCAGCCCUCCAGGCCGUUCAAGCAAAGAAAAAGUUUUGCCACCCGAGUGGAAGAAGUGGCAGGCAUUCGUGGGAAGUUCCCGACAAAAGUGCCCGUAAUUGUCGAGAGAUAUCAGAAAGAAAAAUACCUCCCCCUGUUGGACAAAACAAAGUUUCUUGUGCCACAAGAGUUAACUAUGACACAGUUUAUAACCAUCAUUAGAAGCAGAAUGGCAUUGAGUGCUACUCAAGCUUUCUACCUACUGAUAAACAACAAGAGUUUAGCCAGUAUGUCUUUAACUCUGGCCGAAGUAUACCGAGAUUACAAAGAUGAAGAUGGAUUUGUAUACAUGACAUAUGCUUCCCAGGAGAUGUUUGGAGAUCUCGUAGCUACUUCCAAAGUAAAAUGUAAGGAAUAUCUCCUAAAAAGAUAAGUCUUCUCUUGGUGACAGCAUGGCUGAACAGUGAACUGUGCAUCAUUCAAAUGACUUGAAGAUGAAAGGUGCUCUGUCUAAUGUGGGCUCUUCUGCAAAAUUAAUGGCCCAGGAGUUGACAAGAUCCAACUAAAGAACUGAGGAGUGGGAUAAACCAUUCCAAACAAAUGACAUGGACACAUAGUUUCAUAAUUUGGUUCCUUGCCAGCCAAAGAAGUCAGUGUUAUCCUGAAAUCAUGUAUCUGCUUUCAAAACUGUUGCGGUAAUUGGAGAUGAAUGAAAAUAAUGAAAUUUUAAACCAAAUUAAAUGACCUGGAUAGGAAUUGUCUGCUUAAUAGAGAAUAACAUGUGCACUAGAGAGUAGCACGCUGUUAUAGUUAGCUGAACAUUGCAAGGCAGAGCCAGCUCUGGCUUUUAUAUUAUCUGCUUUUAUCAAAGUCAUUUGCUUUCUUCCUCCAAGAGGAAUAUUGCUGAUGAGUAUGAUAGCACUGUAAACUUUACAGGACAAUGUCUUUUCACAGACUAGAAGCUGCUCCCUUUACUGAAUAGUGACAACUAGAAAGAAGCAGCUUGUAGGAUUGAGACUAAUAGGGUGGAAUAUAAUGGACUCUAAUGCUGGGAAAAGUGGAAGGAAAGAGAAAAGGACAACCAGCAGCAAGGUGGAUAGACUCAGUUACCGUAAUGAAUGCAUCAUCGGUGUUGCUGAGAGACCAGGUUAGGAACAGAAUAUCAUAAAGAAAAUCUAUGUAGUCACCAAGAGUUGACCACAACUUGAGGGCAUUUAAUCAUCAGUCCUUCAGAGAACAUAAUUGUGCACGCACAUACAUUCCUCAGAUAUCAGUUGCUAAAAAUUAGUGAGUUGUGUUGGUGGAAAAGAGGCAGUAAUAAUAAUAACAAUAAUAAAGUUGGAAGGGACCUUGGAGGUCAUCGAGUCCAACCCCCUGCUCAGGCAGGAAACCCUACACCAUUUUGGACAAAUGGCUGUCCAGUCUCUUCUUAAAGACUUCCAGUACACAGCUGCUUAAACAGGAAUGCAAAUUCCUAUAUGGCAUCUUGCAGUUGUUUAACUUGUAUGUGACUAACCCAGCUUUGGUGCUGAGGCAGCAACUCCAGAAGUUAGAACAGUAGCUUUAUCACAAGAUUGUGUUCUUGCCUUUUGAACUCUGUUCUGAGCUUUAACUUUGAUUGAAGAUAAGAUUAUAGUAUGAGGAUGAGCCGUGUGUGUGAAUAUGCAUGUGUACGUAUGGGUGUGCUAUAUAAUCAUAUGUUGUAGCUCAUAAAGUGCUCCAGUAUUACAGGCUACUUAGUCUAAAGCCAGCUAAUAAAAUCACCUCUUUGAGAUCUUCUAUCAAUGUCAUACUUAAGAUAAUUCUAUCUCAAUAAAACUCUGCUGACUUAAGGUUGCUCCCAAUUUACAAACCUGCUGGUAGCCUCUUAUUGUCCAAAUGACUUGGAAAUCUGUUUUAGAAAGGACAGACUGCAGAGUUGCUGGUAUUCAAACCAGAGAAUACUGUGAGUUUUAACUCUAACAUAGACAGGAAGACUGAGAUAUAUUUCAUGUCCAAAAUAGUGAUUUUGAGGAAUUAUUUGUGGUGAUGUGAAGAGAAAUGUUGAUCUGUUAAGAUGCAAAGCUUUAUUUGAUGGACAAGUCCCAGCUCGCAUUAAAGACCCUAACCUAAUUUAAGAAUAUUUUACCCAGUUAUACUUGAUGCAUUUUUGUGAAGUAAAAAUGUGUCUAUAUCUGUUGAAAAAAAUUAGAAUGACAACUCACAUAAUCAGGUUUUUAAAAACUAUCCUUUAAAAUCUUUUUUUCUGGCUAUCCUUUAUAUAUGAGUAGUCCGACAACUUGUGCAUUUCUAAAAAUGACAUGCAUUUCUGCUUUAACGACACAGCUUCAUUAAAGUAAUUUUUUUUCCUAGUCCAUAUUUAUGGUUGUGCCUGCAGGAGCGGUGCACAUUUAUCAUGUGUAUUUUGUUAAAUGCCUUUUUGUUAUUUUGUGAAACAAACUGCUUUCUGUUCAACUAAGAAUUUUUAGCCGUUAUGGAUAUCUGUUUGGCAAGACCGACAUUUGAUACCAUUAGAAUUGCUGCAAGAAUGUAUGUAAAAUACAAUGCCUCAGAGUAGCUAAAACAUAAUUGCCCCUGAAGGGACUUCUCACUUGCAACAAGUACAGUAUGUUUUUCUUUCUUCUUUUUCUCUAAGAGAGUGAAAUAGUAGGUUCAAGCUUUUAACUGUGCUAUUUUUGGAUUGCUCUUGAAUUGCUCUUCUUUCUUGAGAGUAAAAGACUGAAAUAUUGUUGUUUCAUUAUGAAAAGAACGAACUGAAGAAAAAUUAAACAUUAUAUAACUAAA